CGUGUAUAUGAAUAAUCAUGUAAUUCUAAUUAGAUACAAACAUCGGUUGGAAUCCAAACUGACGUUCUGAUUUCAUCAGAAAAUGAAAUAAAACCUCUUCAUUCUUUCUGUAUCUCCUGAUGUAUUAUCCAUAUCAAGGAUCACUAUAUACUGAUCACUAUAUACUUUCCUCAAGGAGGAAUCGCCAUUGGCAACCAGCCAAUUACAAGCCCCAACAUCCCAAAUAAUGUUGACUAAUGUUUUACUUUAAUAGGCCUAGAAAAUAAAUGGCCAUGUUAACAGCAUUAUUAAAUCAUCACUAAUUCGAAUUAAAUACACCAUCUGCCCAGCACUUUAGGUGACCCAGAUCAAAUCCAAAUUAUUGAUUAAUCGAAAUCCUAAUUACUGUGUAUUUAUGGCAUCUUACGGUUUCGUUUUAUUUUGAAAUAUUCGUAUUUUCGGGUGUCGCGCUUUGCGUCUCUUUCGAGGCUCAAAAUGUUUUAAAAAGUGAUUAGCAAAUACUAAUUGACCCAAUCCUUCCUGUUUUCUUGGUUUUAAAUAUUUGUCCUGGUAUUUCUUAUUCAUCGAUCGAACGGUCUAUAAAAACGUAAACCGUGACCACUUGUUAUGUUGACGCCUCACACUGUGCGCAGUGCGCAUGUCCACUUCUAAGGUUUCGAUUAAGACGCAAAGCCUGUCAAAACGAAAGUGAACCUCACGCGUUGGAUGAGAUGGGUCUUGAAUCAGCUGAGAUGAGAAACAGACCGUGAAAGAAAACAUCUCUUCUCCCGCAGGACGAUUCUCUCUCUCUCUCUGUUUGUCUCCUUUUGUUUUUUCCUUUAGGUGAACUCAAAUGAGUGCGUGGAUGUCUGGAAGGCACUGGAGGAUUCUCUCCUUUUCGUCUUAUAGUGACCGAUAUUCUGGUCCUGUCACGGGAAUGAGAGGCCUCCCCAACCACCAUCUGUCCUGCUGUGUGAACACUCUGCUCCAGACUUUCUCUGCCACCUGGGAAAUAGGGGACCUACUGGACAAGUGGGAAGCGGCUGGCGGGAGAGCGGACGAUCGCAACGUCCCCCUCCAGCUGAAGAGGGUUCUUGCCGCCAUGAGGAGCGACAGCCCUCGGCCUGCUCCUCAUCGCGACUUCCUCCUCUCGCUGGACAGGAACUGUGUGCGACUCAACACGCAGCACGACGCCGACGAGGUGUUCCUCUCCAUCUUGAACUUCAUGCAGCAGCAGAUGGACGACAAACCUCUGGCUCUGGAAAUCCAGAAUCUCUACAGGAUUUCCGCCAAGACGUACCUGGAGUGUUUGGAGUGUAACUCCGUCCAGACUCUGAACACCUACAUGCUCGGCCUGCCUCUGCACGUGAAGGAAGAUCACGACUCCCUGGAAGGCUGCAUGACUUCCUUCUUUGAGCAUCAGGAGCUCAAGGGCAUCAAUUGCUGCUUUUGUGAAAAAUGUGGGAAAAAGACGGCAUCCAAACAGGCUGUUAAGCUGCUCUCCCUGCCUCGUAUCUUGUGCGUGCACCUGAAAAGGUUUCGGAAUCACGAGGGUUUCACCCGAAAACUCGACUGCCAUGUAACCUUUCCAGAAACCUUUGACUUCCCCGAGACCGUAAAAGACGCGUUCUCUUCCGACUUUGCUCAGAAUGACUGCAAGUACACAUUGCAUGGAGUGGUAGUGCACUCUGGGUAUGCGAUGUUCGGUCACUACACCGCCUACGUCCGCCACGGGGUGGACCGGCCCUGGUACUACGCCGACGACAGCCACGUGCAGCAGGUCUCCUGGGAAGACGUGCAGAGCUCGUACGGAGGACCAAGAAGACACACGGCAUACAUGUUAAUGUACAGAAGAGGACCGGAAGACAAUGGAAGACAGCCUGAACUUUCCGGCUGAGCAGAUGAAUGCAGAUGAUUCAUACCCGAGUUUGUGGUGCAAUAUUAGAAUAUUACAGGAAUAUAACAUUAUAUAUAUAUAUAAAUAUAUGUGUGUAUCGGCUCGAUCUAUUGUGUUGUAUUGUGGUUAUAUUGUACACGGUGUGGGAUUUUGCAUUGAUUUAUUUUGAGGGUUAGGGUUUAUUAUUUUUGCUUAUUAAGUUACUGAGAUUGUAUUUCAGCACAUUGAUGACAGACAGCAGCAGGUGGCGACAGAGACUCGGCACACAGAAGGUUUUUCCACCGCAGACCACACACACACACACACACACACACACGCACACUGAACACACUCAGUUGGGAGGGAGGGGGUUGGUUUGAAAAAAAAGAAAUGCUUAGCUUAGAUAUUCAAUGUUUUGGGGGAAAUACCGUCUAUUGGCGUCGGUGUUCAUUUUCCUGACACUGCUGUAAAAUAUGAGUCAUCCAUGAAGAGCAAUGAACUUGGUUUCUUUUUGUCAUUUUGGGCUGCCAAAAAUAAAAAAUAAACUAAU